AUGUCACCUCCAACAUCCUCAGCUAUGACAAAUUCCGCUUCAAAACAAACAUCAACAUUUUCCUCAAACAUUCACCAACAGCAACAACACCAAUCAGGCCAACAAUAUUCAGAGAAUGUUAGCUAUACUCUAUCCAAUGUCCCAGAAACAUUUUAUGUCACGCCAGUGACUGAAUUAGAAAAACUAGAUGAUUGGAAAUAUCCAUCCGUAUUUAAUAAAUUGAGACAUGAACAAAUCGAUACGGUAGAGGAGGAAAAUGUAGAAUGGAGGUUAAAAGAUAGAAUGAAAACUGUAAGUGUUGCACUUGUGAUGUGCUUACAUAUCGGUGUUGAUCCACCUGACAUUACAAAAACAAAUCCAUGUUCAAAACUAGAAUGUUGGAUUGAUCCAUUUUCAAUGACACCUCGACGCGCAAUAGAAACAAUUGCAAUUGAAUUACAACGCCAAUAUGAACGAUGGCAAUCGAAAGCACGUUAUAAAUCAAGUUUAGAUCCAACACAAGAAGAUAUUAAAAAAUUAUGCCUCACAUUACGACGAAACGCUAAAGAUGAACGUAUACUAUUUCAUUAUAACGGUCAUGGCGUUCCUCGUCCAACAUCAAACGGCGAAAUUUGGGUAUUUAAUAAGAAUUUUACCCAGUAUAUUCCAUUAUCAUUGUAUGAUCUUCAAAAAUGGAUGGGUAGUCCUUCAAUCUACGUGUUUGAUUGUUCAAAUGCAGCUAUAAUCGUUAAUUUAUUUGUAAAAUUUGCCGAACAAAUUGGAAAAGAAUUUGAAGAAGCGCGUCGUACUACACCAAAUGCUCCAUGUCCUCCAUUGGCUACGAAUGACAUUUUAUUAGCUGCAUGUAGUGAACAAGAAUUAUUGCCAAUGAACGCUGAAUUACCAGCUGAUUUGUUUACUUCAUGCUUAACAACACCAAUUAAAAUUGCAUUAAGAUGGUAUGUUUUACAGAAGAAUAUAAGCCGAUUAAAUCCGACAAUCACUUUGGAAAUGAUUGACAAAAUUCCUGGGACAGUAACUGAUCGUAAGUCAAUGCUAGGUGAAUUGAACUGGAUAUUUACAGCUGUCACAGAUACGAUUGCUUGGAACUCAUUACCGAAAGAAUUAUUUCAGCGUUUAUUUCGUCAAGAUUUAUUAGUAGCAAGUUUAUUUCGAAAUUUUUUAUUGGCUGAAAGAAUAAUGAGAUCAUAUGGAUGUCAUGUUGUAUCGAGGCCAGAAUUGCCACCAAUGUUUGAGCAUACUUUAUGGAAUGCAUGGGAUAUGGCUUUGGAUUUAUGCUUAAAACAAUUGCCAUCUGUUUUAAAACAACUGGAGGCGGGUGUACGGGAACCUCAAUAUGAACCAAAUAGCUUUUUUGCUGAUCAGUUAACAGCAUUUCAAGUGUGGCUAGGAGAAAAUACACUUUUAUAUCAAAAUGAUAAGAUGAUUAAUCCAGAACAAUUACCCAUCGUUUUACAAGUUCUUCUAAGUCAAUCACAUCGUUUACGCGCAUUAGACCUAUUAGCAAAAUUUCUUGAUCUUGGUUCAUGGGCUGUAAAUCUGGCAUUAUCGGUUGGCAUAUUUCCAUAUGUUUUACGUUUAUUACAAGCAACAAGUGAUGAUUUGAGACGUUAUCUUGUAUUUAUUUGGGCAAAAAUAUUAGCCUUAGAUAAAAGUUGUCAGGGAGAUAUUAUUCGAGAAAAAGGUCACGACUACUUUAUUCAAACGCUGACAGAUGCUCGGAUACCAAAGGAUGUUCGAGCCUUGGCCGCAUUCGAUUUAACAUGUCUGGUCGACAAUAAUUCUGCUGGACAAGAAGCUUUGCUAUCAUUGAUCUCUCGUUCUUUUGAUUUACUGAAUACACCUUCGAUUCAACUUGUCUCUUCAUUAUCAUCCAAUUCAUUUUCAACAUCCUGUUCUGAUCAUGAUCUAUUUUUAUGGUUAACAUUAUUUUUGGCACAAUGUUGGAAGAAAAAUUCGAAUGCAUGUGAAAAAGCAAUAUUAAGUGGAGCUCCUGAUCAUUUACAACAACAAUUGUUAAAUAGUGAUUCGGCAGAAGUACGAGCAGCAAGUGCCUAUGCAUUUGGAACAUAUUUAUCUACUCAGGAAUAUAGUGAAAAACGAAUUGAACAAAAUAGAAAUAUAGCAACAAUUUUAUUAACGAGUAUUUAUGAUUGUUCACCAAUUGUUCGAAAGGAAGUAUUAGUUGCUCUAUAUUAUUUUAUGAAUUUAUUUCCAGUUCAAAUUAUCAAUUCAAUUAACGGAAUGAUUAGUAAUGGACAAGCAGAAGAUUUAUCUUUUAAGAUUGUUACGACAGAAUCAGCAACGCUUAGAGGUCCAAGACGAACAUCGACCGAAGCAAAGAGUCGAACAACAUCUGAGACACCAACGGCCGAUAUACCAUCUGCAGCUAUAACAUCAGAAAAAAUCGAACCAUUAAUAUCUACAAAAUUUUAUCAGUGGUGCUGUAGUCGAUUUAGAAAACCAAAUACAGCUGUAUAUUCUGUUGCUUAUUUAUUUUUAAGUUUCUAUGAAUUGAUCGGUGGAAAAGCAGAUAAAAAAUAUCAAUUUACUGUUCCUCAAACAAAUGCUUCAUUACAAGCAAAAAUACAAUCAAAGAUAACCAGUUUAGAUUUUAUGAAUGCUCACGAUCAGACACUUGUUUGUGUUGGCUCAACUGAUAAUGCUAUUCGAAUUUAUGAACCAAAAUUUCCAAAUACAAAUGGUCCAGAUGUAUCUUCACAUCGUCUAGUAUCAUCAUGGAUUGCUUUAUACGAUAUUCAUAGAAUAGAAACACGAAAAUCCUAUAAUCUUAUAUUUGAUUGGAAUCAAAACUUAUCUCGAUUUUAUACAUCCGGUGAUGUUAAUUGUGUAAGACUAUGGGAUGUUGAAAAGGAAAAGUGUCUACAAGAGAUGCUAACUGGAUCUCCAACUGGUGUAACAGCAAUUUGUUCAGAUAAAAAUGGACAUUGUGCUGUGGGAUUAGCUGAUGGCACAUUAAGAUUAUUUGAUGUUCGAUCACGUGAUAGUACAUCAACAAUUAUAUCAACAGAUUCGAAACAUCCACAAAGAAUAAUAUCCGUGGCAUUUUUACAAAGUGAACCAGAUCGAUUAUUAUCAAUAUCUGGUACCGGUGAAUUACAUCGUUGGGAUAGACGAAAUGGUGGAAUUUAUGCAUUCCCAUCGACAAAAGAAACAAAUUCAAAUUCAGUAUUAGUCGCUGAUGUUCAUCCAGCAGCAAAUGUUAUUGCCAUUGCUAGACAAUCAGAGUUACAGUUAAUUAGUUGUCUUGGUGAUAAUAUGGUUGAUAUUCGACAUCCAAAAUUAUCUUGUGCAACAUGUAUGCAUUUUCAUCCGUAUAAACAAUUGUUAGCUGUUGGAUUUAAUGAUAGUUUUGUAUCGUUGUUUUCUGGCACUGGUACCAAAAAAUCACCGACAAAACGAUUAAAUAAUGAACAAAGUUCAGCAUCAAAUGAUCAAAGUUCAACUUCUUCCGGUUCGCCAGCAUUGACGAAUUUUACUCCAUCAUCGUCCUUUAAAACUGUUACACCAUAUAAUUAUGUUGGCAAAUGUCCAUUAACUCGUUUUGGAGUCUAUGGUAUUAUUGAAGAACUUGGUAUUCCAUUGUGUCCAGAUGAAUGUCAAACAUCAACACAUAUACUUCGAUAUCAUUUAGUCAAUGUUCAUCGUAUGAAUUAUGAAUGUGCAAAAAAGUUAAUAUUAGCUCUAAUGAAUAAAGCCGAUGAAAAUGAAAUGGUUUUUAAAAAUGAUGAACAUGUUGCUAUAUCAAAUUUAAAAUAUCCAUGUCCAUUAUCAUCAAGAGAUAAUGAACAAUUUAAAGAUUAUCCAUUAUGGAAAAAUUGUCCAUGUCUAAUAUCAAAUGAAAUGUGUGUUUUCCAAUUAAGACCAAAUGAAUUAAAAAAACAUUUGCGUUUACAUCACAAUAUUGAAGAUGAUACAAGUUUACAGUAUAUAUUAACAAAUUCACCAGAUUUUCUUCAAUAG